AUGAAGACAGUUAAUUUCUGUGUCCUGUUUCUUUGUUGGAAAACAGUAUGUUCCAAUCACUGUGUGCUGUCUAAUGUCACAAUAGCAGUAGAGAAGGAGGAAUGUGGAUUUUGUAUCAGCGUGAAUGCAUCUUGGUGCUCAGGUUACUGCUACACAAAGGAUCCCCUUUAUAAGUUCUCACGAAAGAAGCCUGUUCAGAAUGUCUGCACAUUCAAGGAGAUUGUGUACGAGACUGUAAAGAUUCCAGGAUGUGCUGGUCAUGCAGAAUCCUUUUAUUCCUAUCCAGUAGCAACAGGAUGUCACUGUGAGAUCUGUGAUGGAGACCUCACUGACUGCAGCACCACAAAUGGCUUAAAUCCAAGUUAUUGUUCCUUUGGUCAAAACCAGCUCAGAGAAUGA